AUGCAUGGAAACAACCAGUGCCAGGCUGCCAGCCUCCCCUGAAUCCUGAUCACCGACCUCUCUCUCCGGCUUCCUUGGUUCGUUCCCCAAAUUCUACGCCGGCCAUUUCUGAUUUAGGCUCCUUCACCUCUGAUUCAAGUCGCGAAAUAAAGCGAGAAUUUCUCUCGGUCGGUUCCAAUUGCGAGCGAGCGAUCCGAUCACUCAAGAUGCCGUCGCCGCCGGGGGCCAGCAGCGGCGCACAUAACCGCCGCCGCGCCACGGACGACCGCGGAUCUCGCGCGUGCUGGCGGCGGGCGACCUGCUCGACUACGUCCGCUUCCGAGCCGUCUGCACCAGCUGGAGCCAUGACCAUCAUGCUCGCACUUGACGAGGUGAGCCGUCUGGCCUUUGCUACCUCCAUGGAUCGGCAAUGGACUCUCUCAAGCUGGCCGUGCCCGAUGCGCUAUCCGCCAUUGUCGUUCCAAGGAAAGCUUUACAUGGUGUACACUGCUUCCACAUCAUGCGGCAAGAACAACGUACACCAGGUUCUCCAGAUUGACCCACCUGUGCAGGAUCGGGAUGGGCAGGGGGCAGUUCGUGCUCUGCAACCGCCAAAGCUGAUCGCCACAGUCCCGGAACACAAACUCGUCUAUCCCUACGGUCUAGUAGAAUGUGGGUCAGAGAUCCUGGUGCUUGGCCACAACGAUUGGUUUGGGUCACAAAUUUUGGUAUGCAAACUUUCGGACAUCAUGCUGCAGAGGUUUAUCCCAAUGAAAAGCAUCGGAGGCAGUAUCUUGUUCAUUGACGAGAGGAGCAUAAGUGUCUCCUCUAAGGUGCUGCCGACUGUCAAGGGUGACAGUGUCGUCUACAUUUAUUCAGGACAUCCCUACCUUGCCCAAUACCACCUCAGUAGUGGCAGCUUGUCACCGGCAAUUGAUAACUGCAGCCUCUAUGGCCGUACACCCGGACCUAGUAGCCUUGUCCACCAUGUCUUCAGCUGCAGCAUUCGUAAUCAGUGGAGCAGAGGACUAAUGUUCAGAAGGAAUGCAGAGGAUUGGCAUUAUGAAGAGCAAGUUCACUAAUGAGGCUAGUCCUUCCCUCCCUUGUUUUCUGUAACAGUACCUGGUGCAUCAGUUACGGGCAAUAAUUUGGCAAUACUGCUCUUUUUUUAAUCCUAUGUGCCUGUCUUUGUGCGACACACAAGCCUGUUUGUACAGUAAUUCAGUUCAUGCGACCAAUUAACUGUUCUUUUCCCUUUUUUUUUCUUCCCAGUUACAGUGAUGUGAUUUCUUUUCAUUUGGCAUUGUGCUACUGCUUGACUUUGUAACUAAACAGAGAAUGAAUGCAAAAUUAAUAUGCUGCUCUUAGGAAUUCAUAAGCUAAAGGCGCUUCCUGCAUAUAGAUUUUGCCCUUUUGCCUGAUCACCCACUGUUAAGUGCUACUCCAGCAACAAUAGAGCUAUGUACGUUCUUAGUUUAGUGUCAGGAACUCAGGUUCAUGUGUCUAAGGCCUACCUGUCAACUAGUAUAGGCAAGGGUUGUUCCAACACUCCCCUUUUUCCAAAUUGCACCCCCCCCCCAACCACCCCCCACCCACACACACCCAAAAAAAAAAUCCACUCACACCUCAUCCAGCUGCUGCAAAUACUGUAUCCCUCAUCCCCUGUUCCCAUACACGCCAUACUGCUGCUUCACAUCUCCUGAAGUUCUCUUUGCAGUUUGCUGGUUGAUUUUAAAUUGGCAGUUAGUUUGGCAUGCAUUGCAAGUAGCUCGUUUAUUGACAUGCUGCUUCCUGUCUUCCCUGUGGCGAGUUCCUUCUGGUUUUCCACAAGUACCAAUGAUAAUAUCAUGUAAUCUGUUUCGAUAGGAGUUCUUUUAUCUUCUGCUAACACUUUGACUAGCGAUUUUCUAUGACAAUAUAAUUAUUACGCAUUGAGGAAGUAAUUUUUCUUAAUGAUGAACCUAGUGGCAUGUUGCAAAUAUAUGAAUUAUUUUAUAGUAAUGAUCAAAACUAUUAGUAAACCUAAAACUGUUCAUAUUUUUUUACGAUACACAGUAAUGCCUUUGUACUUUUAUGUCCAAUAGUAUUGAUCCAAUUGUUAUAACCAUUCACUUAACACAAUCUUCUUUUCAUGCCCCCCUUUUCAGGCGCAAAACCAACACCUGGCUACCAGUACUACCAGCAUGCAAGGCCAAGAGAUUCUUAGUUGUAGACAAACAUUAGCAUUCCUUCCAUUAUGCUAUGAUUUCAGUACCUUGUAGUAGUAAGUUACUAUUGUUGCUCCUCGUCAAAAAAAAAAGUUACUAUCGUUGCUUGCAAAUCUUUAUAUAUGUGAUGCAUUCUUGCAGUGCUGAAUUGCUAUAAUGUUGAUUUUACAGAUUUAUUAGUAUAAACGUCAUUUUCUGGUGGAUA